AUGCGGACCACAGCCCUCCAGAAAUGCCGGAACUUCACCACCUCCUCCUCCUCGUCCUCCCCGUCCUCCCCUCAUCCCAUCCUCCUCCUCCUCGAAGAAGAAGCCCGCUGCACCCGCCGCCGCGUUGACCUCCGCGCUCUUCACGCUCUAUCACUCUCCUCCGGCGCCCUACGCCACCGCUUCGCCGCCAGCCGCCUCCUCGAUGCCCUCCUCCGCCAAUGCGCCGCCGCCCCCGCCGCCUACACCACCGCCGUUUUCGACUCCCUCCACCAACCCGACGCUUACACCUGGAACGCCUUCAUCGCCGCCCAAUCCCGCCGCCGCUCGCCGCCGGCAGCCUCUCUCCAGCUCUACUUCCGCAUGCGCACUGCGGUGGCAGCGCCGCCCACUGGGUACACCUUCGCCCUCCUCGCCAAGGCCUGCGCCGCCGGCCCGCCACCGGCGGCGGUGGCGGAGGGGAAGCUGCUUCAUGGGCAGAUGAUGAAGUGCGGCGUCGAAUUGGCGGCGGUGGUGAGGAAUUCCCUCAUGGCCAUGUAUUGCGGAAUGGGCCUCCUCCAGGACGCCCGGAAGUUGUUCGACGAAAGUCCGAGCCCAGAUCCCAUCCCCUGGAACACCAUGAUCUCUGCUUAUGGCAAGAAUGGGGAGCUCCGAGAAGCCUGGAGUCUGUUCGAGAGAAUGCCGCACAGGAAUCUGAUCUCCUGGAGCGCCAUGAUCGACGGCUGCAUCCGCUGCGGGGAGCACUCGCAGGCGCUGACCCUAUUCAAGAACAUGCAGGUCAACGGCGGCGGCCUCCUCCCCGACGCCGUCGCCGUGGUCAGCGCCCUCACUGCCUGCACCCACUUGGGGGACCUCCACUAUGGGCGGUGGCUCCAUCUCCUCGCCCUCCGCCGCCGCCUAUCGCCGGCGGAAAACCCACAGCUAGCGGCGGCGCUGGGGGACAUGUACUGCAAAUGCGGCAGCUUGGAGGCGGCGCUGCAGGUCUUCGCCGCCGUCCCCUUCCCGGACGUGGUGCUCUGCAACGUCAUGAUCAGCGGGCUCGCCCUGCACGGGCGGGGACCGGCAGCGCUGGAGCUCUUCCGGCGGAUGAUCGGCGCCGGUGCGCCGCCGCCCGACGGGUCCACCUUCGUCGCCGUCCUCAGGGCCUGCGCCCAUUCCGGGCUAGUGAGAGAAGGCCGCGAGGCCUUCGCCGCCAUGGCCGAGCUCGGCGUGGAGCGCCACCGUGAGCACUACGGGUGCCUGGCGGACCUGCUGGCGAGGGCGGGGAUGGUGGAGGAGGCGGAGAAGGUGGUCAGCUCCAUGCCCAUGGAGCCGGAGGCGGCGCAGUGGGGGGCGGUGGCGGCGGGUUGUCGGAGCCACCGGAGCGCCGCCGUGGGGGAGCGCGUGGGGAGGAGGAUGAUCUCGCUGGAGCCGAAGGAUCCGGGGAGGUACGUGCAGGUGGCGAAUGCCUACGCCGCUGCCGGCCGGUGGGAGGAGGCGGCUGCGGCGAGGGCGGCGAUGGAGGGGGUGGGAGCUCGGAAGGAGGUGGGGAGGAGCGUCGUGGAGUUAAUCCCCGGUGGUGGUGGAGGUGGUGGAGGUGGUGGAGGUGGCGGAGGAGGAGAGGGGGGGUGGCUGUCGCCGGCGACGGCAACGGCGACGCCAUCCGGGGGGUGA